AUGUCUGCAGCAGGAAAUAAUCCUUUUCAGCAUAUAGUGGAGCCUCUCAGCCCAGAGGCACCAAGCCAGAAGUUUUUCAACCUGCCGAAGCUCGGAGAUCCCAGAUACGAGAGGCUGCCGUUCUCCAUCCGGAUCCUGCUGGAAUCGGCCAUCAGAAACUGUGACGGGUUUCUAGUCAAGCGCUCGGAUGUGGAAAACAUCCUGAACUGGAAGGAAACCCAGAGCCGGAGUGUGGAGGUGCCGUUCAGGCCGGCUCGUGUCAUCCUGCAGGACUUCACCGGGGUUCCGGCUGUGGUGGACUUUGCGGCCAUGAGGGACGCUGUGAAGAAACUAGGUGGAGACCCAGAGAAGAUCAACCCCGUCUGUCCCGCCGACCUCGUCAUCGAUCAUUCCAUCCAGGUGGACUUCAACAGGAAGGCCGACAGCCUUCAGAAAAACCAGGAUCUGGAGUUUGACCGGAACAGAGAGAGAUUCCAGUUUUUGAAGUGGGGCUCCAAGGCCUUCAAGAACAUGAGGAUCAUUCCUCCUGGCUCAGGAAUCGUUCACCAGGUCAACCUGGAGUAUUUGGCCCGGGUGGUGUUUAAUCACGACGGCUUCUGCUACCCGGACAGCGUGGUGGGCACUGACUCCCACACCACCAUGAUCGACGGUCUGGGUGUUCUGGGCUGGGGUGUGGGAGGCAUUGAGGCGGAGGCUGUGAUGCUGGGCCAGCCAAUAAGCAUGGUGCUGCCUGAGGUGGUGGGAUACAAACUGCACGGGACUCCAAACAAAUUCAUCACCUCCACUGACAUCGUCCUCACGGUGACAAAGCACCUCCGCCAGGUGGGCGUAGUGGGGAAGUUUGUGGAGUUCUUCGGCCCCGGAGUGGCCCAGCUGUCUAUCGCUGACAGAGCCACCAUCUCUAACAUGUGUCCCGAGUACGGAGCCACGGCGGCGUUCUUCCCAGUGGACGACGUCAGUUUGAAGUACCUGGAGCAGACCGGACGGGAACCCGACACGUUGGCCUACGUUGCCAAGUACCUGAAGGCAGCCGCCAUGUUCAGGGACUACAAUGAUGUCGCUCAGGAUCCAGAUUUCACUCAGGUGGUGGAGUUGGACCUCGGCACUGUGGUUCCUUGCUGCAGCGGCCCCAAAAGGCCGCAGGAUAGGAUCCCUGUUUCUGAGAUGAAAACAGACUUUGACACCUGUCUGGGAGCAAAGCAAGGAUUUAAAGGUUUCCAGGUGGCCCCCGAACACCACGGCGCUGCCAUCCCCUUCCGAUUCAACGAGAAGGAGUAUACGCUGAGUCACGGCUCGGUGGUCAUUGCUGCAAUCACCAGCUGCACCAACACCAGCAACCCGUCCGUCAUGCUCGGAGCAGGACUCCUAGCAAAGAAAGCAGUGAGCCGUGGUCUUAGUGUGAAGCCGUACAUAAAGACCAGCCUGUCCCCCGGCAGCGGAGUAGUGACCUACUACCUGAAGGAGAGUGGCGUUAUGGACUACCUCUUUCAGCUGGGCUUUGAAGUCGUUGGCUACGGUUGCAUGACGUGUAUCGGAAACAGUGGUCCGCUCCCAGAUUCAGUGGUGGAGGCCAUAACCAAGUUACGGCCUGAAUGUCACGCCUACUUUUCCUCCGAUGCAGGGACCGACCCCGAGGGCAGACCGGUCUUCCUGAGGGACAUCUGGCCCACUCGGGAUGAGAUCCAGGAAGUGGAGAGAAAAUUUGUCAUCCCAUCGAUGUUUAAAGAAGUCUAUGAAAAAAUUGAGAAAGUGAAUGAACGUUGGAACUCUCUGGUUGUUCCCUCAGACAGUCUGUACACCUGGGAUGAUAAAUCAACCUACAUCAAGUCGCCGCCGUUCUUUGAUGGAUUGACCAUGAAGCUGCCGCCUCCAGAGUCCAUUAAAGACGCCUAUGUGCUGCUGAACCUGGGUGAUUCUGUCACAACCGACCACAUCUCUCCUGCAGGCAACAUCGCCAGGAACAGCGCCGCCGCCCGCUACCUCUCCGACAGGGGCGUGACCCCGAGGGAAUACAACUCGUACGGCUCCCGUCGAGGAAACGACGCCGUCAUGGCCAGAGGGACGUUUGCUAACAUACGCCUCUUCAACAAAUUCCUGAAAAAGCAGGCGCCUCAAACCAUCCACUUUCCCUCCGGAAAAACGCUUGACGUGUUUGACGCUGCAGAGAUGUACAAGCAGUCUGGUGUCCCUCUGCUGGUUCUGGCUGGGAAGGAGUAUGGAUCUGGGAGCUCCAGAGACUGGGCAGCAAAGGGCCCCUUCCUGUUGGGGAUCAAGGCGGUUUUAGCAGAGAGCUAUGAAAGAAUCCACCGCAGUAACCUGGUUGGAAUGGGGGUGAUUCCUCUGGAGUAUCUCCCAGGAGACACCGCUGAGAGCCUGGGGCUGACGGGCCAGGAGCGCUACACCAUCCUCUUCCCCGAGCAGCUCACGCCGCGCAUGAUGGUGGACGUGAAGCUCGACACAGGGAAGACCUUCAAGGUGCUCGUGAGGUUUGACACGGAUGUGGAGCUGACCUACUUCCACCACGGAGGGAUUCUCAACUACAUGAUCCGCAAGAUGUCGCAGAACUGAUCCGUCGGGUUGUUCUGACUUGCUGGAGUUCCACUUACAGACGCACUAAUCAGUUCAGCAAAGUGGGAUGGCCAGUUUCCCUCCUGAUUAGUUCUGAAUGGCAAUCGGUUGAGCUAACACUGAAGAAAUCUGUACCAAUUUUAAUAUUUCUGAUUUGUAAUCAGAACUAUUUAGACUGGAUUAAACUGUUUAGGUUGGACCAAACUCUGAGCUGGGACCAGGGGUUGUUCAUGCUGAACAUGUCAUCUCUCGAUGAACCUCUGCUGUUUUGUCCGUUGAUUGUAUAGACUGGGAUGUUUCUAUGAUCCAUAAUAGAGCUUUAUGCUAAAGACGUAAAAAAUAAAAGAAAAG